CCGUCCAGCUCGCUUGCCCGUGGGUCCCGCGGUGGCGGCGGCGGGCUAGUGACAGCAGCGGCGGCGCCAGGCUGGCCGUGGUAGCGUAGGGUCGCGCUGCCCGGAAACACAAAUCCGGCCAAAGAGCGGCGCUACGCGAGGAAGGCCGGCCCGGGCCGCGCGUGAGAAGACCUCGAGGGCGCCUAGCGAGAGGCCGGCGGGAGGAGGCGUAGAGGUAGUGGCCGCCGGCGGCCCGGACCCGCCCGUCCCCUCGGCCGCCGCCGGCAUGAGCCACAUCCAGAUCCCGCCCGGGCUCACGGAGCUGCUGCAGGGUUACACAGUGGAGGUGCUGCGGAAGCAGCCGCCUGACCUCGUCGAUUUCGCGGUAGACUACUUCACCCGCCUGCGCGAGGCCCGCCUCCAAGCCUCAGACCCGUUCGCCGCCACCGCUUCAGGCUUGCAAACGCCAGACUCCGGCCCGGCCCCUGUCUCCGACAAGAAUGGGAACAGCGACUCAGAAGACGACUCGGAGUUGGAAGUUCCAGCUCCUAGCAGAUUUAGUAGACGAGUAUCAGUCUGUGCAGAGGCCUAUAACCCUGAUGAAGAAGAGGAAGAUACUGAUCCAAGGGUGAUUCAUCCUAAAACUGAUGAACAGAGAUGCAGACUUCAGGAAGCUUGCAAAGAUAUUCUCCUUUUCAAAAAUCUUGAUCAGGAACAGCUUUCUCAAGUCCUCGAUGCCAUGUUUGAAAGAGUAGUCAAAGUUGAUGAACAUGUCAUUGACCAAGGAGAUGAUGGAGACAACUUUUAUGUCAUAGAGAGGGGAACCUAUGACAUUUUAGUAACAAAAGAUAAUCAAACACGAUCUGUUGGUCAGUAUGACAAUCGUGGCAGUUUUGGAGAACUAGCUCUGAUGUACAAUACCCCGAGAGCUGCUACCAUUGUUGCCACCUCAGAAGGCUCCCUUUGGGGAUUGGACCGGGUGACUUUUAGAAGAAUCAUAGUGAAAAACAAUGCAAAGAAGAGGAGGAUGUUUGAAUCAUUUAUUGAGUCUGUGCCACUACUUAAAUCACUAGAGGUGUCAGAACGAAUGAAGAUUGUGGAUGUGAUUGGAGAAAAGAUCUAUAAGGAUGGAGAACGUAUAAUUACUCAGGGCGACAAGGCUGAUAGCUUUUACAUCAUAGAAUCUGGUGAAGUGAGCAUUUUGAUAAAAAGCAAGACUAAAACAAACAAGGAUGGUGGGAACCAAGAGGUUGAAAUUGCUCGCUGCCAUAAGGGGCAGUACUUUGGAGAGCUUGCACUGGUCACCAACAAACCCAGAGCUGCUUCAGCUUAUGCAGUUGGAGAUGUCAAGUGCUUAGUUAUGGAUGUUCAAGCAUUUGAGAGGCUUCUGGGGCCCUGCAUGGACAUCAUGAAGAGGAAUAUCUCACACUAUGAGGAACAACUGGUGAAGAUGUUUGGCUCCAGCAUGGAUCUGAUCAACCCCGGAGAAUAGAUGUGCCACAUCCCAGAGCCUUCUCAGUGUGACACCAAAACCUUCUGGUCAGCCACAGAACAUACACAGAAAACAGACACGACAGAACCGUUCUGCUGUUAUCAUCGCCGCUGCCAUUGCUGUGGUUAUGGGCAUUUAGAAAACUUGAAAGUCAGCACUGAAGGAUGGACAGAGGUUCUACCCACACCUCCACUUUGUUUCUGAAAGCCCAUUAUUAGACCACUUGUAAUGAUUACUCCAACCCAGUUUUCACAUCUUUUGGUUCAGAAUGGCAUGUCUCUCCAACAAUUUUAAGUGCCUGAUACAAAGUCCAAAGUGUAAACAUCCUCCUUUUCCUUUCUUGCUGCUACUAUUGCUUUUGGAAGUUAACAUAAGUUCUGGAGAAACCUGUUGAAUAACUGUAGACACCCCUCCUCCAGUCUUUCUCAAAGGAGGAAAUGUAGCUUUCGGUCAUCUGUCUUUUGAGAAAAUCCAUAAUAUGUUCACAAUUGCUGCCUUUGGUUUUACAGUGGAAAAUGGCAGCAGAUAUGAUGGAGGUCUAUGGUCCAGUCUUCUGAUGGCUGCACAAAUUACAGCUGUCUCCAAGCCCACACUAAUGCUUAGAGAAAGACCCUGCCAAGGGCCCAGCAGCUUAGUACUCCAGAGCAGACUAAGAAGUCACUGGGACCCACAAGAGAGCAGAAGUUCUGGAUUCAGUGCAUUUUACCAAUAGUAGAGAGCCAGGAAAGGUUUUCUGGAUUUUGUUGUUGUUUUUGUUUUAAAUAGGUUUUAUUUUGUUUUGUUUAAUCUCUGUGCAGUUUGCAUGAACAAAUUACUAUCCAUUUAUAAGGAGCCAGGGAUGGCCAGUUAGCUCAGCUGGUGAGAAAGUGGUGCUGAAAUAAGGAGCCAGGGUCUGGAGGCGUCAUCAAUUUAUGCGACCUAAAUACUUUGCUGAGCAACUCCUGCCCACUUCUUGUUUCUGGUUGCUGCCACUGGCUAAAGGCAGUAUGCUGAUAACAGGCUUUGUUACACAGAGAGCCCUUUCCUUCCAUCAGAGUUGUUGCAUAGCUUGGCUGUUGAUCAUCAGUUUUUAAAAUCUUCAAAGAAGAAGCUAUUUUUUUAGGGAAUCCCCUUGGACAUAUUCCUGUAUGUUGGACUUUAUCAGCUGACUCAGGCAUUCAUCCUAAAGAUCUCUGUUAGCUUCUAAAAUUGGCAUCAUUGGAACUGGAAGGUGUAGCUUAGUGAUAGAGCGCUUGCCUAGCAUUUUCAAGGCCCUGGGUUCGGUCUCCAGCACUGUUUUU